CAUAGCGAGCAGUUCAGUCGAUACCGCGCGCGGGAAGACGCGUCGUCCAUUGUGGAUUAUACUUUUUAAUUUACAAAUAAACUUGAGUGAUAGUGACAAUGCCAAACAUUAUAAAUGAGGUUAAAUUAGACUUUAAGGAUGUACUCUUACGGCCUAAGAGGAGCACUCUAAAAAGCAGAAAUGAUGUGGACAUGUACCGAGAGAUAACAUUCCGCAACUCCGGUCAGACGUAUCGGGGAGUCCCCGUUAUGGCGAGCAAUAUGGACACCGUCGGCACUUUUGAAAUGGCGAAGGAAUUGUCAAAGCACGGAUUAUUCACAUGCAUCCAUAAAUACUACUCGGUGGAACAAUGGAAGAAAUUCGCGGAAGAAAAUCCUGAGUGCUUGGAACAAAUGGCGGCGAGCUCGGGUACAGCUGAAGUGGACUUCGAACGUCUCUCUGAAAUCUUGAACAAUGUAAAGGAUCUCAAAUUCAUUUGUCUGGAUGUAGCCAACGGAUACUCUCAGCACUUUGUCGAAUAUCUCAGGAAAGUGCGCGCUGCAUUUCCUACACAUACAAUUAUAGCUGGCAAUGUCGUCACUGGGGAGAUGGUUGAAGAGCUCCUGUUAUCAGGAGCUGAUAUAAUUAAGGUAGGAAUCGGUCCAGGAUCGGUUUGCACGACUCGAAUAAAGACCGGCGUGGGCUACCCUCAGCUAUCAGCUGUCAUCGAGUGCGCAGACGCAGCGCAUGGACUCAAAGGACAUAUCAUUUCGGAUGGCGGCUGCACGUGCCCGGGCGACGUGGCGAAGGCGUUCGGCGCCGGCGCGGACUUCGUGAUGGCGGGCGGGAUGUUCGCCGGACACGACCAGUGCGGGGGGGAGGUGGUCACCAAGCCCGACGGGAAGAAGGUCAAGCUGUUCUACGGCAUGUCCUCUUCCACCGCCAUGUUGAAACAUUCGGGUGGCGUUGCGGAUUACCGAUCUACUGAAGGAAAAACAGUAGAAGUGGAAUACCGAGGAGAUGUCGAAGUGACUGUUAAAGAUAUCCUUGGCGGUCUCCGGUCAGCGUGCACGUACGUAGGAGCGGCCCGGCUAAGGGAACUCCCGAGGCGAGCCACCUUCAUAAGGUGCUGUAGACAAGCGAACGAUGUCUUUUCUUAACUCAUGGUAGCCUGGUACUUGGAUGAGCGGGAUGUGUUGAAAUUUUGAAUAUCGAAUAAGGAUGGAAUGCAGAUUAUUAUACUGAAUUAGAUAGCAAUGCUACAAAAAAAUAUGUUGACAUCAUUCAUGUUUGCUAGUUUAAAUAUACAAAAAAUAUGUUU